AGAGGCUCCCAGCCCGUGGGGCUCUCGGAGGAGGACAAAACGCUAGCUUCCUCCUCCUGCCAGGGAAAUCAGGGAGAAUGAAAGCCUAUUUGAAGAGCGCAGAUGGCUUUUUUGUCCUAAACAAAAGCACCACAAUUGGCAAGCAUGCAGAUUCGGACCUCGUCCUACAAUCCUCAGACAUUGACAACCACCAUGCUCUCAUCGAAUUCAACGAGGACGAGGGCAGCUUCGUCCUUCAGGACUUUAACUCCCGCAACGGCACGUUUGUCAACGAGUGCCACAUUCAGAACGUGGCGGUGAAGCUGAUCCCUGGGGACAUCCUGCGGUUUGGCUCUACAGGACUGACCUACGAGCUGGUCAUUGAGAACCCGCCCCAGGUCUCCUGCCCAUGGGUGAUGGGCCCAGUACCUUGGCCAAGGCCACAGCCACCUCAGGCCACACAGCAGCCACACCAGCCAUCCUCGCCACCCCACAUGCACUUCCACCAGGGCAUCCGGCCAGCAACAGUGCAGAGAAGUUGGUCGCAGGGUUGCCCCAGGCCCACCAUGGUCCCGCCUGCCCCUUUCCAGCGGCCCGUGAGUGCCAACGGGAAGAUGUUUUCCUUCGUGAUGGAUCCCAAGUCUCCUGUCAUCAAGCAAGUGUGGGCCAGCGCCAUGGAACUGUCAGAGCAAUGCGUGGUCGAAGGACUCUCGGGGACGAUACCUCCCACCGAGAUCUUCAUGGACCAGGACCUAGGCCAACAAGACAAGGAUGAGAUCAUCCUGCUCCUGGGGAGAGAGGUCAACCGGCUCUCUGAUUUUGAAAUCGAGUCCAAAUACAAAGACGCAGUGAUAAUGAACCUGCGGGGUGAGUUGGCCGACCUGAGUCAAAGGCUAUCGGAGACAGCCGCUGCCACCGCAGCCAGGCAGAGCGACAGGCGCACGCUGAAGUUCCAGGGUCUAGAUGAAGGCGACGAUCCCAGGCAGAAGGAGAUUGAGAGCAUGAAAAGCCAGAUCAGUGCCCUUCAAAAAGGCUACAGCCAGAUGCUGUGUCAUACCCUGGCUGAGCGCAACUCAGAAGUCACAUCGCUGAAGAAUGAAGGGAUGGUGACGUCGUUACAGAAAGAUGUGUCAGCGCGGAAUGAGCAAGUUCAGCAGCUGAAGGAGGAAGUGAACCAACUGAAGAAUCAGAACAAGGAGAAGGAUCUCCAGCUGGAAGCCCUGAGCUCCAGAUGUUCUGCGCUGAAAGAAGAGCUAAGGACGGAAGAGGCCCAGAGGGAGAGCAGGGAGGCUCAGGAGAAAGAGCUGAAACUCUGCCGAAGCCAAAUGCAAGACAUGGAGAAAGAAGUGAAGAAGCUCCGAGAGGAGCUGAAGAAGAAUAGUUCCAAUCAGAACACCAUCUCCAAGACGCUGCGAGAAAGGAGCAAGGUUGAAGAGAAGCUUCAGGAAGAUUCCAGAAGGAAAUUGCUUCAACUGCAAGAAAUGGGAAACAGAGAGAGCCUCAUUAAAAUCAAUUUGGAAAGGGCAGUAGGCCAGCUGGAGCACUUCAGAAGCCAGGUCAUCAAAGCCACUUUCGGAAAAACAAAGCCAUUCCGUGACAAGCCCGUCACCGACCAGCAGCUGAUAGAGAGGAUCGUGCAGGUCACCGAGGACAACCUCAGCUUCCAGCAGAGGAAAUGGACCCUGCAGAAGGAGACUCAUCUGAGCAACUCCAAGAGGGAGGAGACCACGGAGAACAUGGAGAAGCUGAGGGCACAGCUGAGCAGCUGCCAGGCUUGCAUGAGGGAAUCAUGCAGCAGCCGCGACCUGAAGAAGGAGGUGGGGCUCCUUCAGCACCUGCAGCUCAGCCCGCCCGUGGCAGGGCUUCAGAAGGCUGUCCUGGACAUUCUGCGAGUGGUCUUGUCCUGGCUGGAGGAAACAGAGCAGCUGCUUAGGGACCUCAGCAUCGAAAUGUCGGGUUCCGACAAAGGGCUCUCUCUGUAUCUAACAUAUCUUCUGGAACAUUACAAGAAAAUCAUGAGCCAGACCCAGGAACUUCGGGUCCAGGUGAGCACUUCUCAGGAAACUCAGCAGUCUCUGGAGCAGGAGUACCUGGCCGAGAAGGAGAAGCUGAACAAAGAGAAGCUAGAACAAGAGGAGAAGCUAAAAGCCAAAAUCCAGCAGCUGGUGGAAGAGAAGAAGGCCCUGGAAACAGCUAUUGCCCAAGAGAAAAACAGAGCGAAGGAGGCUCUAGAGGGGGAGCAGAUGAAAGCCAGAGAGGUGGAGAGUCGCUUGACCUACGAGAAGAAGGCUUUGGAGGAGAGCAUCGCGCAGGAGAAACACAGAGCUCAGGAGGCCCUGGAGAAGGCGCAGACUCGAAUUCGUGAUCUGGAGAGCCACUUGGCCUGUCAAAAGGAGGUCUUGGAGGACAGUGUGGCCCGUGAGAAAAGAAAAGUGCGGGAAAUGCUGGAGGCGGAAAGGAGGAAGACACAAGACCUGGAGAACCAGCUGACCCAGCAGAAGGAGAUCGCAGAGAGCAUCACCUUUGAGAGACUCAAAAUGCGAGACACCCUAGAGAAGGAAAAGAGGAGAAUCCAGGACCUGGAGAACCGCCUGACCAAGCAAAGAGAGGAAAUAGAAUUGAAGGGACAAAAAGAGGACAUCUUAAAUAAUAAAUUAAACGACGCCCUGGCCAUGGUGGAGGAGGCCGAGCGGAUGAAGACAGCCGAGAGCCGCAAAGCCGAGACCCUUGCCCUCAAGUUAGACGAAACAGUAGCCGAGCUGGAAAAGACCAAGACAAAAAUGAUCAUGAUGGAGGAGCGGCUGAGGCUACAGCAGCAGUCCAUGCAGGCAAUGAAGGAUGAGCGGGAAUCCCAGAAGCACGGCUUCGAGGAGGAAAUCACGGUGUACAAAGAACAAAUCAAACAGCACUCGCAGACCAUCGUGAGCCUGGAGGAGAGGCUCUGCCAAGUGACUCAGCACCACAGGAAAAUAGAAGGAGAGAUUGCGACGUUAAAAGACAAUGAACCAGCUCAUAAGGAGAAGGUAUCCAAAGAGCCCGCAGCAGGACCCGCGCCGGACAGCAGUGCCAAAGAAAUAGCGUGCGACCAUCUGAUAGAUGACUUACUGACUGCUCAGAAGGAAAUCCUGUCUCAGCAGGAGAUCAUCAUGAGGCUAAGGACAGAUCUCAGUGAAGCCCACGGCCGCAUGUCAGACCUGAGAGGGGAGCUAAGUGAGAAGCAGAAGAUGGAGCUGGAGCGACACGUGGCCCUGGUGCAGCAGCAGAACAACGAGCUGAGCAUGCUCAAAGUGAAGGUGGCACAGACAAGCGGCCUGGUGGAGAAGAAAGACAGGGAACUGAAGGUCCUCAGGGAGGCGCUCAGGGCUUCCCACAGACCCCACCUGAGCACGGAGCAGAAGCCGAGGAAUCCGACCCCCAAGUGUGACAUCUCCCUGCAGAUAGAACCAGUGCACCAGGAUACAUUCUCCAGUCUCCAAGAGGAACAGUUCUUCAGUGACCUGGGGGCCAAGUGCAAAGGGUCUCGACACGAGGAAGUCAUCCAGCGGCAGAGAAAGGCCUUGUCGGAACUCCGGAUACGAAUCAAAGAACUGGAGAAGGCCAACUCCUCCAAUCAUAAGGACCAUGCGAAUGAAUCGUUCCUAGAACUAAAGACUCUGAGAAUGGAAAAAAAUGUACAGAAAAUACUAUUAGACCCAAAGCCCGACUUGACAACUCUCUCAAGAAUAGAGAUCCGAUCGCCUCAGAAUGGCCUUUUCAGCUCAACCUCCAACUUGGCUGUUGAGAAGUCAAUGAAAACAGAUGCUGCAGAAGCCUUAGAACUCAGCGAGAAGCUGUACAUGGACAUGAGCAAGACGCUUGGCAGCCUGAUGAACAUCAAGGACAUGUCCGGCCACGUGAACUUGAAACACGUCUCACCCAAAGAGCGUGAGAGGAUCAACCACCUCCGGCAGAAGGACCUGGACCUGGUGUUUGAUAAGAUCACUCAGCUCAAGAACCGGCUUCAGAGGAAAGAGGAACUCCUGCUAGGAUGCGAGCGGGAACUGGAGCAGCUCAGGCAGAGCAAAGUGUCCAUCCAGAUGUACCAGGCGCAGGUGGCAAAGCUGGAGGAUGACAUCUACAAAGAAGCCGAGGAGAAGGCGCUGCUGAAGGAGGCCCUGGAGCGCACAGAACAGCAGCUGUACCAGGAGAGGAGGCUCAACAGGGCCUUCAGGCAGCAGAAGGAUCGAGUCGAGGCUCAAGAGAAAAAAGAGGCAUCCUGCUGCUGUCCCUUCAAAGACAAUGAGAGGCAGAGACGCAUAUUUGUAGAGGUGGUCAAGAGAAAGAUGCAGAACUCCAAUCUCCAGGUUGGAAGCAAGAAAGUCACCCAGAAGACAGGCCAAGAAAAAGAGACGAAAAAGGAAGCGUGCAAGUCUAGCCAGAGUCUGUCGUUUGUUAAGUCGGGUGGAAAGAACUAGAAAACACACUGUCCCAGGGCUCAUGUGAUCCUGAGUGAGUCAGUCUGACUCUCCAGUAAGCCAGGGACUUUCAGAGCACGCUAAAGAUGGCUGCUUGGUUGUUUGGCUUUCUAGAUCAAUAUUUUGUACAGAAUGUAUUUUGGAGUGUGUGGAGAGAGGACUUUUUAAAAAAUAUCUAUAAAUGUAUAUACACUCAGGUAUAUAAAGAAUAUGCCUAUAACCCAGACUCCUAGCCUUGUGGAUACAGUUGUGUGCCAAGAAACCCAACUAGAGCCACAGGGCAAAGGGGAAGCUUAGAACACUUGACCACAGUAUAAUGAAUUUAUAUCUGAGUUUAUUAUAAUAAAUUUAGAAU